AUGCCAGAGUUCACAUAUAGAUCAAAUAUUGAAAAAUCAUUAGCAUUGGUUAAAAUCAAACCAGAUGUCUUCAUCAAUAAAGAACGUGCUUAUGUUCCUCCAGGCGCUAGAGGUGUCUUUGGUGGUACUUUAAUCGCACAAUCUUUAUGGGCUGCAAUAAAGACUGUUCCUGAAGGUUUUGUUCCAAGUUCAUUACAUUCUUAUUUCUUGAGCGGUCCAGAUGAUAAAAGCCCUAUCUAUUAUCAUGUUCAUAGACUACGUGAUGGUAAUAAAUUCAUUUCAAGAGAAGUUAAAGCAUAUCAAAAAGAUGUUUUAAUGUUUACUCAAUCUUUAUCAUUUACUUUAGCAGAUUUAGGUAAUUCAAAACCAAAAAAACAAUUAACACUUUCAAAAUCAGUUCCAAAAGAUUUAAAACCAUUUGAUCAAUUCUUAUCAAGUGAAGAUUCUUUUAGACAAGUUAUUAAAGAUAAUAUUGCAAGUUUUAAACCUACAGCAUCUGCAAUAAUUCAUAAUUUUUUAAAACGUUUUAAACAAGGUGCUUUAGAUUAUAGAUUAACUACUGAUUUCUGGAAAAGUGGUCGUGAAGCUGGUCAUCCAGAUGAACAUAAAGAUGCUGAUGAUAUUCAUGUUGAUAUGUAUGUUAAAGUUAAAGAACAAAUUCAAGAUCCAAUGUUCCACUACGUUGCAGAAGCUUACUAUAGUGAUUCAUAUCUUUUAGUUACAACUAUGAAAUUUCAUAAAAGACCUCUUUAUAGUGCAUUUAUGAGUGUUAGUUUAGAUCAUACUCUUUAUUUCCAUAAACCAAUUGAAGCUAAUGAUUAUAAUUUAUUUACUGUGGAACAUGAAAAAUCUGGUGAUAAUAGAACUUUAUUAAAAGGUAAUCUUUUCAAUAGAAAUGGUGAAUUAUUAACUACAAUUAUACAAGAAGGUUUAAUUGUAUUGAAAGAUGAUAUUGUUAAACCAAAAUUAUAA